AAUAUCUCACCAUUUUCUUUAACACGGCCGCUACAGUGUUACUCCAAUAAUUGUCUUCGCCUUUUUCUUUACUUAUUCUUUUAGUUCUCAGAAUAUUUAGGCACGCUUUGGUCCUUAAGUUAUUGAUCAAAAGGGAUUUUUAUUCCUUUAAUGAAUCAAUAAAAUUCUAACGGACAGAGAAUUAUCAAUAAAUUAUGAAAAGUAAAAAUAUGACAACAAAUUGAUAAAGUAAGGAUGAUUAUAAAGAAUUGCAAAAAAAAUAAGUGAAAAUUGUAUUUUGUGCUCGUUAAUGAUCAGAAAGCCUGAAAACGUUAAUUUUAAGCAUGGAGAGUCAAAUUAGGUGUGAACGCUACUUAUUCUAUUUGCCAUCUGUUUUACUACUUUUUAAUUUGCUCUAAAAAUUCUGCUAUAAAUAAUGAAGAAAAGAUCAGUCAUAUAUAAUACUAUAAUAAAAAAACACAUUUUUUUUCUUUACCUUAAGAAUUAUUCAAUGGACAUACUUAUUAAUGCUGUUGGUGGCAUUCUUGUUGAGGUGAGGAGGUUUAUGUGUAGAUGCAUCUAUCCUAAGAUUGAAAAUAUCGUCCGUUUCUCAUCAAAAAUUGAUAAUCUAAGGGAUGAAAUGAAGGAGCUAACCAAGUUAAGAGAUGAGAAGGUGGAAGGAGCUGAGGGAAAAGGCUAUAAGCCAAAAUCAGAUGUUAUCAAGUGGAUCGAAGGUGUUCACGAGCUGGAGAAAGAAUGGGAAACCAUGCAAGAAAGCAUUGCAGCGGCUGAGGCACUUGCAUAUAAAUGGUGUCCAAAAUGCAGCCUUCGCUCGGAAGUCUCCACUCAAGCAAAGAACAUCCGGGACCAACAAUGCAGACUUAUACAGGUCGGAGAAAACUUUGGAUCCAAUCUGGUGGUAGAAAUUUACCGGGUGAAAAAAGUUGAGUUCAUCUACGGACCAUCAAUAGAAGGCCAGUCAACAGCAACAAGGAAUCUCAAUGAAAUGCUACGACUAUUAGAAGACGAUAAGGUAUACACCAUCGGUGUGUGGGGCAUGGGAGGAGUUGGGAAAACUACUUUGGUGAAGAAUCUGAACAAUGAGCUUCUAAAACUUGAUGCAUCAAGAUCCAAGCUUUCUUUUGGUGCUGUGAUAUGGGUCACCGUGGCCAAACCGCCAACAGACAUAAGAAAGGUUCAAGCACAAAUUGCCAGUAGAUUAAACCUACAGGUAGAUAACGAGGAAAGUGUAGAUAGCAUUGCCGGCAAAAUCUAUAGAAGGCUCAAGGAAGAAACGAGUUUUCUUCUCAUACUAGAUGAUGUUUGGGAAGCUAUAGAUUUGGAUGAUGUAGGUGUGCCCCAACCUGAAGGUCCCGCAAGAAGCAAGGUUAUUAUAACUUCUCGUCUUUUGGAUGUUUGUAGGCAAAUGAGAACAAACAUCGAAAUGAGAGUUACCACAUUGAAGGAGGAUGAAUCUUGGCAACUGUUUGUCAAAAAUGCGGGAGAUGUUGCCAAUCUGGAGCAUAUUCAACCAUUGGCAAAGGAAAUUGCAAGAGAGUGUGGUGGUUUACCUUUAGCCAUCACUGUUGUUGGAUCAUCCAUGAGAGGGAAGACUAGGGUCGAGCUCUGGGAAGGUGUUUUGAAAUCACUUAGAAUGUCGGAACCUCAUAGCAAAGUUGUAGAAGAUAACGUUUACAAGGUCAUCAAGUGGAGUUAUGAUUCUUUAGAACGUCAGGAUAUUCAAAGUUGUUUUUUGUAUUGCUCCUUAUAUCCAGCGGCUAUUCCGCUAGAUGAUCUCAUACAUUGCUGGUGGGCUGAGGGCUUCCUCGGUGAACAUGACACCUAUGUGGAAGCCUACAACAGGGGAAUCACAAUAGUUGAGAGUCUAGAGGAUGCCUGUUUGGUAGAAACCCAUUGGCCGGUUUCAGUCAAGAUGUGCGACGUCGUCCUUGAUGUUGCUAGAUGGAUCGCUAAUACCUCUGGGGAUGAACAUACUUCUGUUUUUCAAGCUGGAAUUGGGUUGACUGAGAUAUCACGCAUUAAAAUAACAACUUCUGUCAAAAGAAUAUCUUUCAUACACAACAAAAUUGAAUGUCUACCUGAUUGCUUCAUGGAAUGCCCAGAGACGACAUCUUUACUUUUGCAAGACAAUGAACCUCUUGAGGUAAUUCCCCAUGAAUUCUUGUUGGCAUUCCCAGCUCUUAGAGUUCUGAAUCUGAGUGGAACUAGUAUUAGAGCGCUGCCUUCUUCCAUCAAUAGUUUAUAUCACCUACGAGCUCUAAUACUACAUAAUUGCAUCUGCUUGAAAGAGUUACCACCUAUUGGUAAUCUUUGCAAUUUGCAAGUGCUCGAUUCUGAAGGUACAGAGUUACGUUGUCUGCCUCAAGGACUGGACAAGUUGACAAAUCUGAAGCUACUAAAUAUGUUGGAUAGCUAUCUUGGACCAACUUCUUUUGAUGAGAUAUCAUCUAUUCACAAGCUGACUUCUCUUUUCAUAACAUUGGAUAGCUCAUCAAUUUUCAAUAGAGACUACAGCUGGAUGAGUACAUUGCAAAGGUUUCACAUUGAAGUUGGGAAUACUCCAACACAUGUACGACUCAACAAGUCAAGAAGGAUGAUAUGCAUCUCCGAGUGUGAAUUUUUUAGAAACGGAGAGCUCUCAACCAUGUUGCAGUUUGCUUCAGAUUUGUACUUGCACGAAUGCAUGGAUCUCAGGAAGUUUAUUGCAUACAACAGUUUUGAUGGAUUAAAAUCACUACACAUAGAGAUAUAUUCUUGUGAUUUUGGACCGUCGGAAGAAGGAAGUGGACAGUUUGACCCUCUGCCAAAUCUGGAACGUCUCAGCCUCAUUUCUGUAGAUAAUUUAAAGAGUGUUUCUGAUUUCAGUCAACUUCUUGGUCUAAGAUUUUCUAAAUUACGCCAACUAGAAAUACAAUUUUGUGCAAGUUUAACAUAUCUUUUUAAUGUUGGUGGAGCUUUUUCUGUACCCAAUCACUUGGAGGACAUUUCAAUUACCUCUUGUCCUCAGCUGGUAGAGUUGUCAGUGCAAUGCAGUUCACCUCAGGCAGCACAUGUCAUCUCAGAAGUUCCAAGAAUCCGUAAGUUAUAUUUGAAGAACUUACCAAAAUUAGAAAUGUUGGGGGAACCACGGAAUAUGUGGGAACACCUGGAGGAACGUGAGGUGAUCAAUUGUGGUCGAAUCGAACACCAGAAGUUGCCUCUUUCUAUUCCAGACACAAACAUCAAAGGAAUAAAAGGAUUAUCAGAAUGGUGGAACCAACUGACAAUUUCAGAAUCUCAUGAUAGCGAAAUAUCUUCAGAGGAAAGAAGCAAACUUGCGACCAAAAGUAGUUGUUUCUUGUAUUGCGCCUUAUAUCCAGCGGCUAUUACAACAGAGGAUCUCAUAAACUGCUGGUGGGCCGAGGGGUUCCUUGGUGAACAUGACUCGUAUGACGAAGCCUACAACGAGGGAGUCGAAAUGGUUGAAAGUCUAAAAGAUGCUUGCAUUCUUGAAGCCCAUAAGAAGGAUUUUCUCAAGAUGCAUGAUGUGGUUCGUGAUUUUGCUAUAUGGAAAGCUAAUACCUCUGGGAAUGAACUUGACUCUAUUAUUCAAACUGGAGUUGAGUUGGCCGAGAUAUCGCAUAUCAAAGCAUCAUCUUCUGUCAGGAGAAUAUCUUUGGUAAGUAAUGAAAUUGAAUGUUUACCUGAUUGCUUCACGAAAUGCCCAGAGACAACAUCUCUGCUUUUGCAAGACAAUGAACCCCUCGAGAAAAUACCCCAUGAAUUCCUUUUGGCAUUUCCAGCUCUAAGAGUUCUGAAUUUGAGUGAUACUGGUAUUGGAGCACUGCCUUCUUCCGUCAAUAGUUUGUGUCAACUACGUGCUCUAGUACUACAAAGAUGCCCCUGGUUGAAAGAGUUACCACCUAUUGGUAAACUUUGCAAUUUGCAAUUGCUUGAUUGCGAUAAUACAAGGUUAUGUUGUCUGCCUCACGGAAUGGACAAGUUGACAAAUCUGAAGGUAUUAAAUCUGCCCAUUGCUGAAUUGAAGAACAUCAGUAAAGGAUUCUUCCUCAAAUUGCCUAGCAUUGAAAUGUUAGAUAUGCUGGAUAGAGAAAUGACAAAUCUGAGGCCAUUAAGUCUUAUUGAUGAGAUAUCAUCUCUACACAAUCUGACUUCUCUUUUUAUUAGAGUGGAUAGCUCAUCGAUUUUCAACCGAGACCACACCUGGAUGUCUAGAUUGAAAAGAUUUCACAUUGAAGUUGGGAAUACUCCAACGCGUGUACAAAUAAACAAGUCAAGAAGGAUGAUAAGCGUCUCCAAGUGUGAAAUCUUCAGUAAUGGAGAGCUCUCAGGCAUGUUGCAGUUUGCUUCAGAUUUGUACUUGCACAAAUGCAUGGGUUUCAGGAAGUUGAUUGCGUACAACAGAUUUGAUGGAUUAAAAUCACUACGCAUAGAGAGAUGUUCUUGUGAUUUUGGACAUCCAGGAGGAAGUCCACAGUUUGACCCUCUGCCAAAUCUGGAACUUAUCAGCCUCAUUUCUGUAGAUAAUUUGAAGUGUGUUUCUGAUUUCAGUAAACUUCUGGGUCUAAGAUUGUCUAAAUUACGUCAACUAGAAAUACACUUCUGUGCAAGUUUAACAUGUCUUUUUACUGUUGGUAGAGAUUUUUCUUUACCCAAGCAGUUGGAAGACAUUUCAAUUACCUUUUGUCCUGAGCUGGUACAGUUGUUAGUGCAACGCAGUCCAACUAAGGCAACACACGUCAACUCAGAAACUCCAAGAGUUCAGAAGUUAGUGUUGAGAAACUUGCCAAAAUUUGGAUCGUUGGGUGAGCCGCAGAGUAUGUGGGAACACCUGAAGGAGCACGAGGUGAUCAAUUGUGAUGGAAUCGAACACAAGAAGUUGCCUUCCUCUAUUCAAACCACCAACGUUAAAGUAAAAAAAGGAGUCCUAGAGUGGUUUUACCUACGGACAGUUUCAGAGAUCUAAAAGAAAGCAAAGGAAGGAACCAGAGAGACAGUGUUUGGAGCUAAAGUUAAUCGGUCGAGUUUGCUGUGAUGUAUUUACUUUCAGAUGUUAAUUUUUUCCCGCCAAUAACUGUUUCUUGUUUGUACCGUUCCUGCUUUUUGGUUCUAAUAUUUUGAUUGCUUGAUUGUA